CGGGGCCCCGGAGAUAGGCCGGGGGCAGCCGACCGGCCGCGGCGGCGCGCACGCAGGGCUAGCCUCGCCCGGGCCUCCUCCCUCACGCCGGCCGCAGGACGGGCGCGCACGCCGAGUGACGCUCGGAGGAGGAAGCGCAGUCCCCUUCCCCUCCCUCGCUGCCCCUGGCCCAGCGGGAGCCCCCCCCAGUGCGCCUGUGCGGAGGCCUAUCUUGAUUAUGUGUGCCCUCUCCGGGCGCCCGCGUUAGCGGCCGGGUGGAGGUGGGGAGGGAGGACGCUGAGGAGGAGGAGGAGGCGGAGGAGGCGGUGGAGGGGAGGUGGGGGGAAUCAGCAAGGACAUGGCUCCUGACUCCUGUGCGGAACGUGAGUGACUGAGCGGCAAAGCCCGAAUGGUCUCUAGCGACCGGCCCGUGUCACUGGAGGACGAGGUCUCCCAUAGUAUGAAGGAGAUGAUUGGAGGCUGUUGCGUUUGCUCAGACGAGAGAGGCUGGGCCGAGAACCCGCUGGUUUAUUGCGACGGGCACGGCUGCAGCGUCGCGGUGCAUCAAGCUUGCUAUGGCAUUGUUCAAGUACCCACUGGACCAUGGUUUUGCAGGAAAUGUGAAUCUCAGGAGAGAGCAGCCAGAGUGAGAUGUGAACUUUGUCCCCAUAAGGAUGGAGCUUUAAAAAGAACAGAUAAUGGGGGUUGGGCCCAUGUGGUUUGUGCCCUGUAUAUUCCAGAGGUACAAUUUGCCAAUGUUUCCACAAUGGAACCAAUUGUUUUACAGUCGGUUCCACAUGAUCGUUAUAAUAAGACUUGCUACAUUUGUGAUGAACAAGGAAGAGAAAGCAAAGCAGCCACUGGGGCUUGCAUGACAUGUAAUAAACAUGGAUGUCGACAGGCUUUCCAUGUAACAUGCGCUCAGUUUGCCGGACUGCUUUGUGAAGAAGAAGGUAAUGGUGCCGAUAAUGUCCAAUACUGUGGCUACUGUAAAUACCAUUUUAGUAAGCUGAAAAAGAGCAAACGGGGAUCUAAUAGGUCAUAUGAUCAAAGUUUAAGUGAUUCUUCCUCUCACUCUCAGGAUAAACAUCAUGAGAAAGAGAAAAAAAAAUAUAAAGAGAAGGACAAACACAAACAAAAACACAAGAAGCAGCCAGAACCAUCACCUGCAUUGGUUCCAUCCUUGACUGUUACUACAGAAAAAACUUACACAAGCACUAGCAACAACUCUAUAUCUGGAUCAUUGAAGCGCUUGGAAGAUACUACUGCACGAUUUACAAAUGCAAAUUUCCAGGAAGUCUCUGCACACACCUCUAGUGGAAAAGAUGUUUCAGAGACUAGAGGGUCAGAGGGCAAAGGGAAGAAAUCUUCAGCUCACAGCUCAGGUCAAAGGGGAAGAAAGCCUGGUGGUGGAAGAAAUCCAGGAACAACUGUGUCAGCAGCUAGCCCUUUUCCUCAAGGCAGUUUUUCAGGAACUCCAGGCAGUGUAAAAUCAUCUUCUGGAAGUUCAGUGCAGUCUCCCCAGGAUUUCCUGAGCUUUACAGACUCAGAUCUGCGUAAUGACAGUUACUCUCACUCCCAACAGUCAUCAACAACCAAAGAUGUACAUAAAGGAGAGUCUGGAAGCCAGGAAGGGGGGGUAAAUAGUUUUAGUACCUUAAUUGGCCUCCCUUCAACCUCAGCUGUUACUUCACAGCCUAAAAGCUUUGAAAAUUCACCUGGAGAUUUGGGUAAUUCCAGCCUUCCUACAGCAGGAUAUAAGCGGGCUCAAACUUCUGGCAUAGAAGAAGAAACUGUAAAGGAAAAGAAAAGGAAAGGAAAUAAACAAAGUAAGCAUGGGCCUGGUAGACCCAAAGGAAACAAAAAUCAAGAGAAUGUUUCUCAUCUCUCAGUUUCUUCUGCUUCACCAACAUCAUCUGUAGCAUCAGCUGCAGGAAGCAUAACAAGCUCUAGUCUGCAGAAAUCUCCUACAUUGCUCAGGAAUGGAAGUUUACAGAGCCUCAGUGUUGGCUCAUCUCCAGUUGGUUCAGAAAUUUCCAUGCAGUAUCGGCAUGAUGGAGCUUGCCCAACAACUACGUUCUCAGAGUUGCUGAAUGCAAUACACAAUGACAGAGAUGACAGUUCUACACUAACAAAGCAAGAACUUAAAUUCAUAGUAUACCUAGAGUUCAUCAAAUGGGCUUACUCAAGCCAGAAUCUCAGAAAUGAAGGUAUUUAUAACAGCAAUGAUGUAGCAGUAUCAUUUCCAAAUGUAGUAUCUGGCUCGGGAUCUAGUACUCCUGUCUCCAGCUCUCACUUACCUCAGCAGUCUUCUGGGCAUUUGCAACAAGUAGGAGCACUCUCUCCCUCAGCUGUAUCAUCUGCAGCCCCUGCUGUUGCUACAACUCAGGCAAAUACUCUAUCUGGAUCUUCUCUCAGUCAGGCACCAUCUCAUAUGUAUGGCAAUAGAUUAAAUCCAAAUUCAUCAAUGGCAGCUCUUAUAGCUCAGUCUGAAAACAAUCAAACAGAUCAAGAUCUUGGAGACAAUAGCCGCAACCUAGUUGGCAGAGGAAGCUCACCCCGAGGAAGUCUCUCGCCACGAUCCCCUGUAAGCAGCUUACAGAUUCGCUAUGAUCAACCAGGCAACAGCAGUUUGGAAAAUCUGCCUCCAGUAGCAGCCAGCAUAGAACAGCUUUUGGAGAGGCAGUGGAGUGAAGGACAGCAAUUUUUAUUAGAACAGGGUACUCCUAGUGACAUUUUAGGAAUGCUGAAGUCAUUACACCAACUUCAAGUUGAAAACCGAAGAUUAGAGGAACAAAUUAAAAACUUGACUGCCAAAAAGGAACGGCUUCAGUUAUUGAAUGCACAGCUUUCAGUGCCUUUUCCAACAAUAACAGCAAAUCCUAGUCCGUCUCAUCAAAUACACACAUUUUCAGCACAGACUGCUCCUACUACUGAUUCCUUGAACAGCAGUAAGAGCCCUCAUAUAGGAAACAGCUUUUUACCUGAUAAUUCUCUUCCUGUAUUAAAUCAGGACUUAACCUCUAGUGGACAAAGUACCAGCAGCUCAUCAGCUCUUUCUACCCCACCUCCUGCUGGGCAGAGUCCGGCUCAACAAGGCUCAGGAGUGAGUGGAGUUCAGCAGGUCAAUGGCGUGACAGUGGGGGCACUAGCUAGUGGAAUGCAGCCUGUAACUUCCACCAUUCCUGCCGUGUCUGCAGUGGGUGGAAUAAUUGGAGCUUUGCCAGGUAACCAACUGGCAAUUAAUGGCAUUGUAGGAGCUUUAAAUGGGGUUAUGCAGACUCCUGUCACCAUGUCCCAGAACCCUACCCCUCUCACUCACACAACCGUACCACCUAAUGCAACACAUCCAAUGCCAGCUACACUGACUAACAGUGCCUCAGGACUAGGAUUACUUUCUGACCAGCAAAGACAAAUACUUAUUCAUCAACAGCAGUUUCAGCAGUUGUUAAAUUCUCAACAGCUCACACCAGAACAACAUCAAGCCUUUUUGUAUCAGUUAAUGCAACAUCACCACCAGCAGCACCACCAACCUGAACUUCAGCAGCUGCAGAUCCCUGGACCAACACAAAUACCCAUAAACAACCUUCUUGCAGGUACACAGGCACCCCCACUUCACACAGCUACCACCAACCCAUUUCUCACCAUCCAUGGAGAUAAUGCAAGUCAGAAAGUAGCAAGACUUAGUGAUAAAACUGGGCCUGUAGCUCAAGAGAAAAGUUGACAUCUGAGAAACGUCUAGAAAUUGCCUGUCCUGCUGUUCUAGCACUUCAUCUGGCUGCCUUUGCAGUCCUUUUACUACAGCUAUGAAGAAAUGCAACAAGAAACUCAAUGCACAACAAAGGAUUAAUUGCUGCAAGGACAUUCUUGUAAGGCUUUGAUUAGUUUUCUUGUUGCUUUGUUGCACUGAAAUGGAAUUCCCAUGCCCCUACCCCUUACCCCAGUUUUUUGAACAUGGAAAGAAAAUUUAAUAACUUUUUAAAGUGACAUAAUUUACAUGCAAUGUGUUUAUCAACUCAAGAAUUUAAUAUAGUUGGUACACAACUAGUUUUGUUUAUAAAUUGGAGAUACAAAUAGCAAAACUAAAUACUUGUUCCAUUUACAAACUACUUGAUUUUAUUGUACAAGUUGAAAUAUGCUCUUUUGUUUGGGUUACAGUAUGCUUGCUCUAAGUCAAAUUCCAAGGAACUAAUUUCUUCUCCUGCAGUUCCAUUGAUUCAAUAUUACAAAUAUAUAGCACAUCACCUGGGACUUGACCAUCUUUGUUAAAAAAAAUUUCCUUUCUAAUGGGAUUUGGCCAAUUUUGGUAAUGAAGUUAGGAUGGUAAUGUCUGCAUCUGCUAAAGGUAAUUUUCUUUUGAGAAUUGCUUUCUUUAGUGUUAAGACCUACUCAUAUUUUAAAGAAAUCUUGAGUUAAGUGAGUUCUGAGGCUGCUGGGGGAACCAGAUCAAUUCAAAGUGAAAUACUUCUUUCAGAAAGGGGCCACUGUGGAAAGUGCUGGUGGGGUUUGCCCUUGAUCAAGUGCCUCCAUUGUGCUGCAAGGGCUGUAGACAGCAGGGUGGGACAGUCAGUCCUCCGAGCAGCAGGAAUCAUCCCAUCACCCGCAGCCUUCCCAUGCUUCCGCCUUUAUUCAGAACUGUAGAUAGCUCAGGCAAAAACUAUUACCUGGGUAUUUAUCCACUAAUGAGUCACAAGAAAAGGAGUGGAUUUGGUAAGAAUAGAGAUUUGUUUUAUUUAAACCACUUCCCAUUACUGACCAUUAAAAGCUCACCACUAGGGUUCCUGAAACAGGUGAAACCUGUAUGACAGCCCUUCCACUUUGGGGAGCCACGCUUUUGAUGUGACAGUACCACAGAGUGAUCCACCACUGGGGAUGUAAUCAUCAAACUGUUCUUCGGUGUGUGAAUUAUUAGUGGAAAAGACCCAGCUGUAAUUAGACCUCCACUGUGUACUUAGCUGGAAGAACAUGUUAAUUCUGCAAUAUGUUUCUUGGUUAAACAUUGCACAGUUCUUACCUCAUUUCUGUAAAUAGUUUUGUGAAUCUGUUUUGUAUUGUGAAAAAUUCAUAAGAUAACAUUGAUAUUUUGAUUUGUAAUAUUUCUAAUUGGUAGAUUUAAUUGAAAAGUAAAAUUAAUUUAUUUUUAUAUGUUCAGGGGAAUUUUAAAGUCAAAUCUUUUGUAGAUAAUUUAAAAAAUCAGUGUGGUUUAUUUUACUUAUUUAACCCACUGGUUGUUAUUCUGUAACAGUUUGUAUAAAUGGUAAAUUUUGAAUGUGUUGUUAUUUUACCUAGAUGUAAAAUUCCACAUGUAUUAAAAUGUACAAAGAAGUUUUGUUAAUAAAAUUUAAUAAUGUUUAUAA